GACACCACAUCACCUUUCCUCCUCCGCUCAAUUGCUGCGCGCCUGGCGUCUCGCUCUUACGCGGCCGCCAUGGCAGACCAGAUCGCCGCCUUUGCCGCCUCCACCGAUGAGGCUGCGACGCCGGCUCGCAGCAAUGGCACCGGCGCAGCUGCAGCAGGUGCCUCGUCGGCCGCCGACUUCUCCACGGCACUGACCUCGUGGCGAGAGAUCUCGCUGCCCACGCUGCUGGCGCAUCUGGGCGAAGUGGGCCCCGCGCUGGUGCAGACGCAGACCGAGGGUCUCAUCUCGCGCAAGCGCCUCGCCGAGCAGACGCGCGAGUUCCGCAAGCUGCCCGACGAGGCCCGCGGCGAUGCCGUCAAGCCGCUGCUCAAGGCCUACCAGGCUGAGAUUGACGCCCUGACCACGCGGGCCAAGCGUGCCGAGAAUGUCUUCCUCGGCGUCGCGGACCGCCUCAAGGGCGCGCCGGAUCCGCACUACUGGCUUGAGCUCAUGCUGGAGCAAACGGCGUCGCUGCAAGACCUCGAGUCUCUGCGCACGCAGCACGCCGCCCUGCAGUCCGAGACGAGCGCCCUGCGCACGCGCCUUGCCGGUCUCUCAUCGCUCGAGGCGGAGCGAACGCGGCUGUCAGACAAGGUCGCUAGCCUGGAGAAGGGCUUCGAAGCGCGCGUCGCCGAGCGCACCUCAUCACUCGAGGCUUCGCUCUCGGCACGCUGGGAGGAGCGCGUGCAGAACCUCGUGUCGCGCGAGAAGGAUCUCUCUCGCGCCCUUGAAGUGGCGCAGUCACAGCUCAAGGAGCUGCGGGCAGCCCAUGCUCAGGCGACGGAGCGCGAGGUGGCCGGCGCGGAGAAGGACGCCCGCGUCGAGGAGCUCGAGAUGCAGAUGGCCGCAGACGACCUGCGGCGAGCCAACGAGCGCAUUGCGGAUCUGGAGCGGCGCAACGAGUCGCUGCGCAGCGAAGUCAUUCGCGCCCAGGAAACGAGCGGCGAGGAGGAGAGGCAGGCCGAGUGGGAGCGCAAGGUGGAGGAGAGCCAAGAAGAGGCAAGACGCCUGGCUGCGGCGCUCGAGGGCGAGGAUGCGCGCAGCAAGCGCCUCAUCGAGGAGGAGAAGCGCCGAUGCGAGGAGAAAGAGCGGGCCCUGGGCGAGCGUGUCAAGGAGGUCGAGGUGCUGCGCAAGCGCAUCGAGGGCAUGCAGGACUACGACGAGAUCAAGCGUGAGCUGCAGAUCAUCAAGUAUGUCGAGUUUGCCGUGCAAGACGGCGCAGACGGGCCUGCCGCGCAAGAGGUGGAAGGCUCGGCUGCCAGCGCUGCAUCGGGCGCCAAGCCGCUCGAGGCGCUGCUCAUCGAGAAGAACCGCAAGCUGCAGGACGAGGCGACGACAAUGCGCGUCGAGCACGAGGCGCUCAGCAAGGGCGCCAGCGCCUCGGCUAAGCAGCUCGCGGCGCUGCAGGCGGAGGUGGAGCGGCUGCGCGCACUGAACGUUAGGCUUGAGGAUGACCUGGUCAACUUUGACACGGCGAGGCCUUCGACGAGCCAGGCGCGUGACAAGAGUAGCAUGUCGGCAGAAGAGGCGCUGGCGGAGAUGGAUCGCAUUGGCCAGGCCGCAGGGGGCUCCACCGCACAGAGCCGUGCUGCGCCCAUCACGGAUCGCGCCAUCCCCUUCGCGCCGGCUCCAGCUUCUCCAGCGCCAGGUACGCCCUCUGCUGCGCCCUCCGGCGAGAGCAGCAUCCUGCCCAUCAUUACCAGCCAGCGCGACCGCUUCCGUGCACGCAACGCCGAACUCGAAGAGGAGCUGCGACGGCAGUUCGAGACGCUGUCCGAGCUGCGCAACGAGGUCAAGCAGCUGCAGACGGACAACUUGGCGCUGUACGAAAAGGUGCGCUACUUGCAGGCCUACUCUGCCACGGCAGGUGCCAGCAGCAGCAGUACGUCGGCCGAGCGCCACUAUCCGCCGGCAGCUGUCAGCGCACGGCAUCAGAGUGCCAUCCGCAUCGACGACGACGACAAGUACCGCGACAAGUACCAGGCCAGCAUGAACCCCUUCGAGGCCUUCCGCGGGCGGGAACAAAUCGCCUCGCUGACGAACCCGUUCGAGCGGCUGCUGCACCGCGUGCUGCAAGUCGUGCUGGGGCAUCGCCGCUCGCGCCUCUUGCUCAUCGCAUAUGCCGCCUGUCUGCAUCUGCUCGUCUUUGCACUGCUCUUCGAGAUCGAGGUGUCGUGACGCUGAAUGCAUUGCUGCCCAUCAAAGCGAGCCUCGGCCUUAUGCGCCCAGCUGCUCUGCUGCUCGAUCAGCAAGACUGCCGCGCGCGCCAUGAUGCCGUUCCUGCUUGCUGGGCUCGUCGUCUGCCUCACUGCCGGGCGCGCCCCAUGCGCCGCCGCCUGGCGUCUCGACGAUGAUGCGGUCGAGGCGGCCCAUGAGUGCCGUAGCCUUCGCGCCGAGGUUGACCUUGCGCUCCUCGUCGCCCUGGUGGCGCACCCACGUGUUGCGGCCACUCUGGGCAUCGCCGCCGCCCUCCAUGCCGAAUGGCCGGUAGGAUCGCCGCUCGCUGAGGAUGC